AUGGCCGAGCACUAUUCGCAGCUUUGCGCUCUCCUGGUCGAUGAGUCUUAUGGUCAACUCUCGGCCCACGUCUUUCGCACCCUGGCUCUAUGGGGUCGUGUUAACCUCCAGACCCUCAUUUCGAACGCCCAGCUCUCUCCUCGCCAUGUCAAAUACGCCUUGAGUGUCCUCAUUCAGCAGCAUCUGGUCCUUCACUCGUCCGCCGCCGGUAGCGAUCCGCAAACCUUUUACGAAGUCGACUGGAAUGGCGCAUACAACUUGAUGCGAUCCGGAAAGAUCAUUAACAUUGUUCAACUCCGCUUCGGUGAAGCUGCCGCUCAGCUCGUUUCCAAUUUGUUGCAACUCGGCCAUGCACGUGUCGGAGAUCUGGAAGAUGCCUACAAGUUCUCAAAGAACCCUGGGCACGCAAUUGACACCGAGGCCGAACACAUCAACGGCGAGGGUAUGCCUGCGCAAAGGGGUCUGAAGAAGAUUACCACUCCCGAACAACUUCACUCGAUGCUGUGCAAGCUUCUGGAAUCUGGCUUCCUCACUAGGGUCCGUCCAAGCACUUUCCUGUCUCCUGCCGACUCUCACAACGAAGCCGACGCUGUCGUCAAACGCGAACAAUUCCCCGAUGGCAAGGUCUCUGGUCCCAAGGCGAAAGUGGUGUACGAGCAAGCUUUGAGAGAUUUGAAAAGAAAGUGGAGGGAUGCUGCCGACGAUGCAGUCACUGGCGUAAAGAAGGUUCCUAAGAGAUCCAAUGGAUACGGUCCAUCUGCAAAAAGAAUGAAAACCAAUGGAGGUGCAGCAAAUGGUGUUGGCACAUACGGAGCUGAAGAUGAGGAUGAAGUCACAAUGGACAAGGACAUGGUGCUGAAGGUCAAUUGGGAGAAAUGCAAUGUCGCACUGCGCAGUCAGGCACUGCAGAACUUGGCUGCCAAAUCUAUCGGAGAUGUCACAGCCACAGUCUACGGCGCAUUGCUGGAACUUCUGGAGAGAAAAUGCCCAAGAUGUUACGAUGAGCUCGCCAUCUACACAGACGAAGCCGAUGAAGAAGCCGCCCAACCGACGUCUACCACUCUCGACAUCACAGAUAUCCUGGACCCUACACUCGACUUGGCCUCUACACUGUCCAAAGGUGACGAUGAUGACUUUGAUGAUUUGGAAGAUGGCAAUGUCCCAAAACGAGAGAACACCAAUGACAGAUUCGUGGGCAGUGCUUCUGCGUUUGCGGAUCGUAACCAACGCUUGACACUAGUUGAGCAACACAUGGCAAUACUAGCAGAACAUCCACGGGGCUUCGCUCAAAAAGUCAGCACCCGUGGCAAAGGAGAGUGGAGGGUUAACUUCCCAGCACUUGUACGAUGGAUGCAGCGCAACGAAGUCGAGCAAGUCAUCAAUGCGGGCCACGGCAGUAUCGCUACGCGUAUUGUGCGCAUGCUCUACUCGAAAGGAAAACUUGAUGAAAAGCAAGUCGCCAACUUCUCCCUCAUGCGCCAAAAGGAUAUCCGCAGUAUCAUGACCGACAUGCACGAACAUGGCUUUGUUGAAGCUCAAGAAGUGCCAAAGGACAACUCGCGCCAACCAAGCAGAACGCUUUUCUUGUGGUACUUCGACCCUGACCGCUGUCGUCAAUUACUGUUGCAGCGCACAUACAAAGCACAAGCCCGUUUGAUCCAACGCAUGCAGCACGAAAAGGAUGUCGUCAGCGAAGUCAUCCAAAAAGCCGAGCGUCUCGAUGUCGUUGGUCACGAAGACGAGUACCUGACUUCUGGCGAUAAGCAAGUCCUCCGCACCUGGCGCGAGUUUGAAGAAAAGCUUCUCACACAACUGGCACGUCAGGAUGAUCUUGUCGCUCUGCUACGCGACUUCCUGCCCGAUGUUCGCGACGCCGCUUCUGCUUGAUCGACCUCUUGCUUGAACACCCGAAUCUUGUGUCUUUUUCUUUUGACGAUUCAAAAUACCAUUUUACCUUUUUGCAUAGCGGUUGGCGUUUAAUAAUGGGAAUGGCGGCCAAAAAACAAAGCGAAUUGCUUAUAGCUCGCCCCUGUCGCCUGAUGUCGCGAAGAUCGUGUCUCUGGCGGGAAAGAAAGGUGUAUACAGAAAACUCUCACAUCAAUAAACAUAUUCAUAACCACAACGACCUUUGUCCACAUUAGCCACGCUACGCUUGUGCUUAGCAACUUUGGCAAUUCAUGAUUUGUCUAGCUACCGUUCAAUGCGCCAAUUCAAGGCAGAGGAGACAUAGCCAUCGGCCAGGGUAGCACUCUCAACCAUACGUCUCAAUCAGAAGAAGCACACUUUCGCUGUU